CUUCUUUCCCUGCCUCCCAGACAGAUCCCGUCUUGAAUGUAGACCCUGGAGGGGCUCGCAGGAAUGUGUGAGAACUUAAUCAUAUCAGACAUCCAUUCUUUGGACAAGGGCCAAGCAUGCACGAUCCUUGCUCAGAUUGCACGCGUCGAGAAAAAGACCUUUCCCACGAAUGAGGCGUUUCCCUUUGGUGAAGAGCUUUGGAGGAAGAAACCCAACACUAGGGUCUUGUAUGCGACCAGCGGACCACCAAGUACUGGCCCGUCGUUGAUCGCCUAUGCGGUUUACGUUCGCCAAAAGGGAGCGGCUUUGCUGCACAAAAUAUGUGUUGCUGAGCCAUAUCGCCAAAAAGGUGUUGGGAUGCAGCUUAUGAACUAUAUUCAAGAGCGACUGCGGAAAGAGGGCUGCCAGUUUAUCCAGCUGUGGGUCGAUAAGGCCAGGGAUCCUGCUCGAUCUCUGUAUGUGCGAAAUGGGUUUGAGGAACGCGAAGAAAUCCCCGACUACUACGCGCCUGGGCGCUCCGGAAUUCGAAUGAUUCUCGUGCUCGAAGGUGGCUCCUGAAUGGUUACCUAAUAUAACUCCUAUGCGCCUCCUUGGGCCCUUCUGGUCCCUUCUGGUCCCUUUUGGUCCCUGUACACCAAGGGGGGAGGGGAAGGAUUCUUCCC